UAAGAAUGCCACGUGUGUGGGGUUAGUAUAAUUCCCGUGUUGAGUCGUUUCUAUUGUUAGCGACUGGCGAGAGAGACGCCAUUGUCCCCGGCAUUGUCGCCGGAAGUUUCUGUCUCCUUUCUUUUCUUCUUUUUUAGUUUCUCAACCGUAAAAUUCUCUUCGAUUUCUCUUCUUCCCUCUCCCUCUCGACCUCUCUCUCUCCAGAAUCGUCACUCUUCAUCCUCCGUUUUUUUUACGGCGUUUUCAGGAUUCUUUUUGAAAGUUUUGGCGCGUGGUUUAUGUAGAUUGUAUCUUAUCGGAUCGAUUUUUUGCUGUUUCGAAGCUUAGUUUUUGAAAAUUUUGUGCAAAAUAUGGGAUACCUGGACUUGGCGUUGCGAUACACAAGCCAGAUGCGGAUUGCUGACACCCCGGCAAGCGGAGGGGGUCUCAGCCAGAAUGGAAAAUUCAGUUAUGGAUAUGCAAGUUCUGCUGGGAAGAGAUCAUCAAUGGAAGACUUUUACGAGACAAGGAUCGAUGGAGUUGACGGAAAAAUUGUUGGACUAUUUGGAGUUUUUGAUGGUCAUGGCGGAGCUAGAGCAGCUGAAUACGUGAAGCAAAAUCUUUUCAGUAAUCUGAUUAGCCAUCCAAAGUUUAUAUCUGACACCAAAUCGGCUAUAGCGGAUGCAUACAACCACACAGACUCAGAACUUCUGAAGUCAGAAAAUACUCAAAGUAGAGAUGCUGGUUCAACUGCAUCCACAGCCAUACUUGUUGGUGAUCGUUUACUCGUUGCAAAUGUUGGGGACUCCAGAGCUGUUAUCUGCAGGGGCGGCAACGCCAUUGCUGUGUCAAGGGACCACAAACCUGACCAAACUGAUGAGCGUGAACGAAUUGAGAAUGCUGGUGGGUUUGUAAUGUGGGCAGGAACUUGGAGAGUUGGUGGUGUUCUUGCAGUUUCUCGUGCUUUUGGUGAUCGGCUACUGAAGCAGUAUGUUGUGGCUGAUCCAGAAAUUAAGGAAGAGAAGAUUGAUAGUUCUCUUGAGUUUCUGAUCCUUGCAAGUGACGGGCUGUGGGAUGUGGUGUCUAAUGAGGAAGCAGUCUCGAUGGUGAAACAGAUUGAAGAUUCUGAGGAGGCUGCGAAGAAGCUGGUGACAGAAGCAAUACAAAGAGGAAGUGCAGAUAACAUCACGUGUGUUGUCGUCCGUUUCCUCGAGAGUAAAACGGCGAACAACCCAACUUAUAGUGCCUCCUCAAGUCACAACAGCUCAGCCACUGAAGCCGAUCAAGGGAAGAUCGCAGUUCUCAGUAAUUCAAACUUCAGUAACUCAGCCAAGGAAACUAAACAAGGGCAGAUCCCAGUUCGCAGCGAUUCAACCCGCACAAUCUCAGCCAAAGAAGGUAAUAGUGCAAUUGACAGCGACUCAAACCACAGCAACUCGGCCAAAGAAACUAAUCAAGGGCAGAUCGCAGUUAGCAGCGAUUCAAACCGUACAAUCACAGCCAAAGAAGGUAAUAAUCAAGGGCAGAUCACAAUUCACAGUGAUUCAGACCGCGUAAUCUCGGCCAAAGAAGGUAAUAAUCAAGGGAAGAUUGCAGUUCUCAGCGAUUCAAACCGCAGCAACUCAGCCAAGGAAACUAAACAAGGGCAGAUCGCAAACCACAGCGAUUCAGACCGCGUAAUCUCAGCCAAAGAAGGUAAUAAUCAUGGAAAUAUCGCAGUUCUCAGCGACUCAAACCGCAGUAACUCAGCCAAGGAAACUAAACAAGGGCAGAUCGCAGUUAGCAGCGAUUCAAACCGUACAAUCACAGCCAAAGAAGGUAAUAAAAAUAAAGGGCAGAUCGCAAUUCACAGCGAUUCAGACGGCAGAAUCUCAGGUAAAGAUGCCAAUAGUGGGCAGAACGCAGUUCAGAACGUUUCAAACCGCAGCAAUGUGGCCAAGGGAGGGAGGAAUUUAGUUUUUGGCGAAUCCACGAGCGCUACUAACCCGAAGCUGGUCGAAGCUGCGACCAACGCAGCGAAUCAAAAGGCGAUCACAGAUCACAGCGAUUCGGAACGCAGGAACACAACCAUCUCCACUAAUUAAAGAGGCUUCGAGGCCCUUUCGGAAAGACAGGUCCAGAUAGUUUGAUAUAUUACCCAGUUUGACUGAAAGAAGCAUCAGAAUCAUAUAAUGGUUUUGAUAUUUCCAUUCGUUUUGUUUACUUGUGAUGAACAUAGUGUUAAAAGUAUUUGUCUUUGUUUUAUUUUGGUUUUCAUUCAUGUAAAUCAUUUUUUUUUUCCUUUUACUUAAUCAUGUAUAUGUUGGAUCCUCCUUUCGCUAUGACUGUUGAAAACAAAAAAUGUCAUGGCGGUUUUUUCUCUCUUG